AAAAGAAACUUAACACAGCUUGCAUGUAAUCAGCACGCGUCUGUUUAAGUUUCAAAUUGCGUUCAUUCUUAUUUACUUUGUUCAAUGUACCGGAAUAGUAAAUUCAGUGCAAAUUUAAAGUGUUUAAUGAUCUAUGCUAUUGCAAAGCUUGUGAGUGGUCCGUCUUCACGGAUUCAAAAGUAUAACAUUAGGGUCUUGCCCAUUUAAAUGUAGAAUACAUAAUGUCUGGUCAGUAGUUCUUUGAAAAAUCAUAAAAAAUACAGAACGUUACAUUACUUAUACGGAAUAAUAUUGCACGGAUAGGCAUCUUGGGCAAAAAAAAUGUUACCACGUGUGCUGAUUUAAAACAACUAUCCAGACAGUAAAAACGCGAAAUAUGAUGAAAACGUUUGAAAGAAAAUACGCUCCCGAAAAGAAUAAAAGGACAUACGGUACAUAUGCUGAGCACAGAAUUGGACUUGCGGUUCACUUAGAGAUUUGGAUCUGCAGGAGGUUACGGAAUAACAAAAGAAAACGAUAACAACUGCGCAGUAGAGUAACAGAAAAUAGGAUAUCCCAAGAGACACUAUGGCAUCACAGACAACUUCUCCGUCGCUGGACAAGGUCAUAGUGGACCAACUUCAGACAUCAACAUAUGUGAUCGAACUGGAUAUGUUUUCUGGGCGGCCAAACCCGACCGUCGUCGUCCAUGAACGUAAAGAACACUUUAUGAAGAUGUUUGCUGAUCAUAAAUCCUUUCAAUCAACAAGCUUGGCAAGCACGCUCGGAUACAGGGGAAUUAUUGUCCACAAACGAACAUCGCCAAAAGGGGCAACCUUGGAGACCAGCAGAUUGACUGUUGGAAAGGGCAACAUCCCUGAGCUGGAGCGGAGUCUCUUGCAGAUGUUCACCGACGUUAGCAAAGAUGUGAUUGCUCACGUAAAAAAGUGCAUUGAGGCAGGACCCCAAAUCAUCCUGGAUAGAACCGCACAAGCUGGGAAAGUAACUUAUCCUGGAGAGUACAGGCUUCCGAACUACGAUCCUGGAUCGUGGAACAACGAUUUCACUACUCUUCAGAAAAACAACUGCUACAAUUACUCGACAAAUAUAAAAACGAAUUCAUUUGCACAACCAGGGCAUUGUCAUGGUGGUCCAGUAUUAAAUGUAGCAAAAGAGGUUCUGGACGGGUGCUUAAAGGACUCUUUGAAGCAACGCCAAGACGGAAAUCCGCCGAGCCAGGCAGAGAACACUGGAGCUAUUGCCCUGGUUAUUUGGCCUUCUCAACCCGGUUCCACUGAUCCAAACGGUUGUUUUGAAGACUUCCACUUUUACCGAAUGGAUUCUAAUUUGAAGUGGUCGCAUAAGCCAGGCGGAACAGCGGUCGUCAAUACCGAUAGCAGUGGAAAUCUGAUCAACGAUCCGAUGUCAGCUAACCGUGGUCCGUAUACAUAUUUCCUCUCCUACCUUGGCAACCGACCUGGUGUCAACAUUUGCUAAAAGGUUCGAUUCGUUAGAUUGUAUCCACCAGUUCAACAUGCACAUGUAGUAUCCUAUCGGGUCGCUAACUAUCAUGAAAAAACUAGGACAUUUUUAAUAAGCAUAUGAAGGUGGUCAUCAGUCUUUAUAAAGAAUUAACGUUCAAAUUGAUAUACGUCAUUUUUUUUUAAUUAAGGUGAACAAUUAUCUUAAUGACAAUUAAGAAAAGCUUUUGCAUAUAUGUAUAUUAUAUGAAAACACAUUUUAGUGAAUAUGCUGUAUUGAUGCGUUUGAAAAACACUAUCAACAAAAUACUCUCCUCCUUUCUCUUUUUAUCGACUAUGAUUUAAAAACAACAACAUCGAAGACCACAUCUUUUAAACAUUUUAAGAAAUAGAUACAUUUAUUGCUUUUGCUUAUGUAUUUGAAUGUAUGACGGAUUAUACCGUGAAACGUAAUCGUGUGAUUUGGACUGUAUUUGUCAUAAGUUAUCCGAUGUAUAAAUAAGCCUGUCAUUUACAUAGGUGUUACAUAUUAAUGCCUAAUGACCCUAUUUAAUGUUUGUAUCAUUAUUGCAGGUAUUGCUUUCUGAUUUCUUAUAUGUACAAUGCAUGAACUAGAAUACAACUUACAUUUUAAGCCAAUGAAAUUGCAGAUAUAUAGGCAAUCAUUACGAACUAGGCUUAAUCAUUCAGAAUUUUACCUUUCGCGGGUGUUUAAAGGUCCUCCUACUGCCACUCAUCCGAAACACACACCCUGCAUCAGUUUAUGUGCUGUCAAUGUAUCAGUCGAUGAGUUAGGGUUCAAAGUCAAUUAGAUAACCUGACAACGCUCACUCCGCCCUUUCUUAUCCAUUAAGAAUUUACUACAUGUCAUCUAUUACUUAUAGACAACGUUACAGCAUUUUUGUCUUUUAUUCAUUAUUUUAACUGACUUUAGCUGAAAUAAUUAGCAAUCAUUCAAGGCCAAAUAAUACUGUUGUAAAUAUUAUGUGUGGUAUAUAAUUCUAAUUGCUCCUUUCCCGCCAUCUAGAAUGCAUCUUCUUAUACAUCGGAUACCGUAAUGUGUGUUCCACAUGCUGCAUCUAAAAUGAUUAUUUUGUAUGUGUUGUAGUUACUUAAUUGUUUGAUUUUGUAUAUUUGUAGAUCUUGCAACUUGUACUGCAAUUAGUUUCAUAUAUUUUAUUUGCAAGCACAACCCAUUUAUUUAUAUCGAUUGGAACUAGAGUUCUGUCAGAAAAGGCGCAAAUACAUUAUGCGCUACUAAGACAUAUUGAAUGUCCAUUUCGAAAAAAAGAUAUAUGUUUAAUAUAGUCUGUCAAGAAUUUGUUUUAUUACCAUCUUAAUGAAUGUACAAAAUACUGUUGCGGUACGAAGCAAGUUUAUUUUCAACAUAUUUAGCCUAUUUUGAUAACAUUUGAAUUUGAAGCCAUUUACGGUUUGUUAUGCAUACAAUUAUACAAUAUUACCUUUUAACAAUGUUUUAAAUGAUGUUUGAUUGCUGUAGUCUAAUAUGUAGUCAGUGCUUUCUAAAAUAAAGACCCUUCGAAAAA